AUGAGCUCGACACCUUCGCGGCCUGCGAUCAACGGCAUUCACGGCCACCCACGCGCCCCUAAUGGAGUAAAUGGUAGCGCUCGUCGCGCAGUCAGUAUGACACGAGAUGCGACCAUCGGGUCCAGUCUCGGCGCGGCGAGCGUCGCCGGAGACGAUGACCAGCCGGAGGACCCCAUACACGCCCAGCUCACCGCGCAAUGGGAGAAGACACAGGCCAGCAUUGCCGCGCUCUUCGGCACGGACACUCAGACGCAUCGCGCAUCCCGCAAGUUCAUCGAUACCGCCGCUGCUGCUCCUGCCGGAAGCGGCCAUCCCCACGACCAGACCACCGCCAAGACUUCCGCUCCGCCCAAGAAAGCCGCCCGCCAGAUUGACGAUGACUAUGGCGAUGACGACGACGAGGACGAGGAAGAAGAGGCGGAGAAGGAAAGCCCGCUCAAGGCCAAGGGAAAAGCUGCACUCGUCAACGGCCUGUCUCCCCACCACGUCCGAACCUCCGCGCCCGCCGUCAAGCCUCCGACCCUACGAGCGACUACCACUACCGCCACCACUGCCUCCGACCCGUCCAAGAGUGCUGAAGAGGUGCGCAAGCAGUUGGAAGAAGACAAGAAGAGGGAGGCAGAAAGGGCCAAGUUCAACUUCCAGAGCAUGUUCUAUACCUUUGAGAAUGACAGAGAUGCCAUGCUGGAGCAACAGAAGCUGGACGACCUGGAUCGCGAGGUGGAGAACGAGAUGUCGGGAGGCCCGAAUGCCGUUGCAAAUAUUACAUCUAACGCGUCUGGGACGGCCGCUGCGACUGGCGCGACACAAGGCUCUCUGGGUAGUGCUGAUCUGGGCGCUUCCAGCCUCACACUCAAGCAUCUCAUCGCACGAAUCGAUGCAAAGCGUGACAUGGUCAAGGCAUCUGACAACCAGCUCAGGACUCUCAUCUCGGAGGUCAGAAAGGGCCGGAGCAAAUGGGCUAGCGAAGAUCGCGUGGGUCAAGAAGAGCUUUAUGAAGCAGCUGAGAAGGUUCUUAUGGAGCUCAAGGCCAUGACCGAAUACGCUCAGCCAUUCUUGACCCGUGUGUCGAAGCGAGAAGCGCCAGACUACUUCAACGUAAUCAAGACACCCAUGGACAUUGGAAGCAUGAUCAAGAAACUCAAGCAGCUGGCAUACAAGAGCAAGAGAGAAUUCGUGGAUGAUCUCCAGCUGAUUUGGGCGAAUUGCUUGAAGUACAACCAAGACCCAGCACAUCCAUUGCGCAAGAAGGCACUGUAUAUGCGCAAGGAGACCGACAAGCUGAUCCCUUUGAUCCCUGAGAUUGUGGUCCGCGACCGAGCUGAAGUUGAGGCGGAGGAGCGUCGAAUGCAUGCUGCAGAGGAAGACAGCGAGGAUGACGAUGCGCCGAUUAUGGCCUCACGUGGUCGUAAAGCACCGAAGAAGAGCGCGACGAGUUCUGCAAGGAAAGCACCGCCAGGAGCGCCUCCAGUUGCUAUAGCGGAUACGUCUACGCCUGCACCAGAGGAUAGAAAACCUGCGAUGCACGCAUCUGCGUCUAAUCUGCGCAACGACUUUCUCAGAGCAGAUUCCGAGUCGCACGACAUGAGCUCUGCUGGACUCAACACGCCGCCUCCAGGUCUUGCAACGCCGCUGGGCGUAAAUGGCGUCAAUGGAACUGCAGUUCCCGCCAGUCAGACCGAUGUCAUGGAGAUUGAUGGUCUGGGCCAUUCGGUAGUGAGCGCACCGACCGAGGAUGCAGACGAGGACGACACAGAAUUCAAGACAUGGAAGCAAGUGACGAAAAAAGAUCGUGCUCAAGCCGCUGCGGAAAGGCAUCGACUCUUUCGCGGAGAACGCGGGGAGAAGCUCAAUCCGGAAGAACCUGCAUUGGCUAGAACGAAGCCUGGUAUGCGAAGGUGGAUACGGCAGCAGAAGAUGCUUUCGGAGAAGCCAUCGAUCGAAGGUGACACGCAGGAAGGCGCCGACGAUGAUAACGCCGAACAAGCUACCAAAGGCGAGACACUGGCCGAAGGUAUCGAGCAGGACGAAGACUCGACUUUACCCGACUACUACGACCCACUAUGUGCGAUCCCUGAUCUGGACGAACGAUGGAGAUGGACCACAGACUCUGAAGGAUUUGUUCAGCAAGCAGAGGAGUGGAUGCGCAUGUACCCCAAGGAUCGAUACAAGUCUACCCAGGGAUCUCUGACCAAGAAGCUCGAGGCAAACAUACAGCAAAUGCAGGAGACGAGAAAAGUCACGGCCAAGAUCGGCAUUGUCAAGCAGAUGCAGAUUCAGGCACAGACGUAUCAGAACCAGUUCCAGAAGUACGAGCCCGAGCCAUUUGUGGAGCAAGAUGUUGGUACGACUGUGGUCUCUGAAGAGGGUCCGCUACUGUCAGCAUCAGUCAAUCGUGCCGCUUUGCAACGCUCGAUCGGCAAGAUCUUCUACCACGCAGGUUUCGAAGACUUCCAGCCCUCCGCGCUAGAAGCGAUGACGGACGUUGCUAUCAACCACAUCAACCACCUCACACAGACAAUGAAAGUCUACCACGAGCAACCAAAGAAGGACGUUGGUACGGUCGGUCACACAGUCGAAGAACAGAUUCUCCACACCAUGCACGAGAAUGGUGUGGAUAUCGAGUCAAUUGAGUCCUACAUCAAGGAUGACGUUGAAAGGCAAGCGACGAAGCUCACAACGAUGCACGAACGUAUGAAAUCGCACUUGGCGGAUCUUUUGCGACCCGCCUUGGGCGAUCAUGCAGGUGCGGACGGCGCAGGCGCCUUCAACGACGGCAGCGAGCAGUUCGUCGGCGGUGAUUUCGCCGAAGAUCUCAACGAGGACUUCUUUGGCUUUCGAGAACUUGGCCUCGCAGAUGAGUUUGGUCUGGAGAACCUCAGCGUGCCGCUCCAUCUUCUGCAGAACCGUUUGCACAGCGGCUACCAGAUACAGAACCAAGGACCUGUCUCGAGCUCAGGCUUCAUCUUCGAGCCUCCUCCAGUGUACGAGCCUAUCUCCAAGGAGAACCUUGGCGAACAGGUCGGACUCAUACAGGACUUCUUCCGCAACAAGCUGCGUCACAACCGCGACGAACCACUCAUCGAGGACGAGGAUCUUCCAGCGAAACAGCGCUUUCCCAAGCCGCGAUUACCACCCACCGGCAAGAUCAGUUCACCGCGUAAGAGACCGCUUAAGGAGCAACAGCAAGCUGCGAAGAAGAAGCGAAAACUUGAAGAAGGUGAAGAGAAGGCCAAGGCGCUCAAGCCGUUGCAGCUCAAGCCACCAGAGCCAGAACCUCAAGAGAAUGAAGAUCCGGAGAAAGGACUUGAGAUGCACGGAGCUCCACCUAGCCCGGAAAGCAUCAAUGACUAG